AGAAAAUAUGGCUCUGCGUUUCGUUUUCUUGCUGAGUGCUUGGAUGGUCCUUGCCCAAGGAUCCUUUCUGCGCAGAUCGGAUAUUAUUAUCUUAGAAGCGAAGGUUCCCCAGAAAGGAUAUCUGCCUGUCGAAGAUGCUUCAGUGCAUCAAAUCGUUCCUAACGAGUCAUUGUCUGCAGGAAAAGAACAUCAACAUCAACGAGUACAUCUGUAUCAAUUUCAAUCGCAUCCUCACGAGCACGGACCCCAUUAUCACCUAGAAGGGCACCAUCACCUAUCUGAGCCCCACCAUCAUCAUCAGUUGUCUGAAUCGCAUGAUCCUAUCCACGGAUCCCCUCAGCACCACUAUCAUGGUUCACAUCCUAACCAACAACUCGAGGCACCAUUUCAAGAAGUUCAUGGAUCCCACCAUCAGCAUCCAAUCCACCACAACCAUCUGGAGGCACCAUAUCACGGAACUCAUGGUGUUCAUCAUCAUCGCAACUGCCACGCCACCAUCCAUUGCCCCAGGGUUCAUAGUCCAGCUUAUGCCACCGAUGGUCAUCUCUGCUACAGGGUGGAGAACUCCUGCGCACUGGCCGUUUUGAACUGCCUGCGUCGCAAUGAACUUAAGCCAGUUUUGAGACACAUCGGUCAUCACGAAUGCCAUCGUCUGCCCAGCGCUUACAGGGCCCACUAAUUCUAAGCUCAAGAUAACUAAAUAUAAAUAU